UAGAAAAAUGGAUGUGUAUAUACUAUAUAAGAAGGAACUGAAAUGAAAGAACAAAUAUUAUAGAUUUAGUAGAUCUAGAUUAGAUUUGUAAACACAUAAAAUUCACUCCAUACACUGCUUCGAUUUUAGAUUAGAAAUAGAAUGUAGAUCUUGAUCUAUAGAUCUACCUGCUAUUAGUUUUAUUUGUCGACGAGAUCAGAUUCCCACAUGAACAGGAUAUUAUUUAUAUUAAUUAUUGAUAUUAAUAUUGAAAACAAGAAGUGUGAGUCUGAGUGUGUGAAGUGAAAAUCAAUGGACUGCAAAAGCACAAUGUGGUUCACAUGUCUGAGUUUCUGCUUGUCUGUUUCCUUAAUAAACUCAUAUUGUGUACAUGAUGAUCGUAUAGUUACUCCUGAAAAGGGCUAUUUAGAAAGUCCUUAUUAUUAUUCUCAAAGUUAUCCAGUUGAUGUAUGUGUAAAAUGGACUCUGCAUGGCAAACCAGGAACAAAGGUUACAGUCAAAUUUCUAUUCUUGGAUAUCCCUGAAAAUUCGUCUUGUGAUACCUUUUACAUCAUGAUUGCUUUUACUACUGAACAACGGUAUUGUGGAAAUUCAACAUUCAUCAUUAGUACAUUUGAAGCUAAUUUAACCAAUUUCAAUACACAAGUUUAUGUUGUGUUUAAUAGUAGUGCUAAAGGAAUUAGAGGCAAAGGAUUUAAAAUGUCUUAUGAAUCAACUGAGGGCUGUAGCCAGGAAAUGUAUAGCAACUCUGGGCACAUCUCAAUGACAGCACAUGAAAGGCUUUAUCUUGAGGACACUUUACAGUCCUGUUAUUGGACAGUGCUAAGUCCAGGUGGCCAAAGUGUCAUCUACAGAUUGUUUUUUGAAACCUGCUCUCUAAUGGAAAGAGAUUUAUUGAAAGUUUAUGAUGGAAAUGGUCUAACAGCCAGUCUUAUUGGAAGCUAUAAUUAUAUAGAUUGUCCAAAUUUUUUAAUGACCACUACAAAUUCUUUCUAUAUUCAGUUUAUACCUGGAAAUAGGAGCUCUAUUGGAAGUAUUUCUAUCACAUUCAAUGCUGUCACUUCCAGCAGAUGGACAACAACCCUACCAUCAAUGCCUGUAUAUCCCUUACACUCUGACUAUUGCCACCUCAACCUUUCAUCUUCAACUGGAGAAAUCACAAACAAUGAUGAUGUUUACUCUGCAAUAAAGCAUUGCAGCUUUUUCUACUGGAAGCUAAGAUAUGUAAACCCAUCAGGGCCUUACCACUACGACAUUAGCAUUGAAACUUUUGAGCUGCUACAUGGGGAUUAUGUCUAUUUCUAUGAUGGGCCUAAUGAAUCUUCCAACCUCCUUGGGGCUUUCAUGAGAGGUCUUCCCAUUCCUCACCAUCUUUAUUCAUCUGGAAACAAUGUGUUCAUAAGAUACAUUCCAAAUCUUCCAACAUCUAGCUUAAGAGCCAAUUUUACAUUCAAAUUUACCAUUGUUUAUGCUUGUCCCAAUGGAUACCUGAAUUGCACAGGUGAAGCUGCUUGCUAUCCUGUUUAUAAACGGUGUGAUGGAAUUUGGGACUGUCCUAUACAUGGUGCGGAUGAAAAAGGCUGUAGAAACAACUGUGGACUUGGAGAGUUUAGCUGUAACUCAAGCUCCUUGUUUUGUUACAAGGAAAGUGAGCGAUGUAAUGGAAGAGGCUCAUGUGCAAACUAUGCUGAUGAGAUGGGAUGUACUCCUGAGCAGUGUUCCUCUGAGAAAGGCUUGUUCUUGUGCAAUAAUGGCCGCUGCAUCUAUGAGAAGUGGCACUGUGACAGGACCAGUGACUGUACAGACAACAGUGAUGAGACUGAUUGUUCUCCUUUGUCUUCACCUAGAGUUAUUGUAGCUGCAGUGGUUGGUUCAUUGAUUUGUGUCCUCCUGCUUGUCAUUUCACUUGGAUGUGUGUGCAAGUUGUACAACAUGCGCAUGAACACCAUGAGGAGAGGAACUCGCCAUGAAACUCCACUUAGCCGCCAGCUGGCAGAAAUGUUCCACAGACGAGCACCUCCACCUCCUUACCACGAAGCCAUGUUGACCUCUCGGCCAUAUGAUGAGGCAUUCAUGGAACUUCUCGCCCAAGAGGGACAAAAUGGAGCUCCUCAAUUCAGCAAUGGUGUGAAUGAACAAGAUAAUGCCACUUUUGCAGUUCCAAGAGAGAGAUCCCAUAGAGGAAGCAGAAGGUGUAGACACAGUCGCAGGCACAGAGAAGUCAAUCAGAAUCCAGCAGGAAUAACAUCCCAUGAAGCUCAUUUGAAUACCUCCAACAUUGGAGUUGAUAUGUUUCAUGUGUUUGACUCAGACUCCACUUGCUUUGCUAGUCUUUCACAGCCACCACCUUAUCAUGAAACAGUUUCAUCUUUGUUGCAUUCUCAUGACACUCUUGAUUCCUCUGGUGAGUCUGAUGAUGAAUCCAUUCUGGACAACUGGCAACCAGAUGACACGUCUCAGGCUAGUCAGUAUGCUGACUCUCAAACUGAGAUCAACCAGGCUUCUCUCAAUGGAAGCCCUGAAACCACCUUGACCUCUGUGUUGAGAACCUUCCAGCAUUCAGUUGGAACCAAUAUAGUCCAGCUUCAGGUGGACAGUGAUAAAGACAAUGACAGUAACAGCACAAAUAUUUCCUUGGAUUCCACAUCAGGCAUAGGUUUGGGAGACAAUGAUGGGGUCAAAGUUGAAUGUCAGAACCAGGACACCUUGAUAGACGAUGAUUCUGAUACUGAGUGCAUCCUUGCUGGGAACGAUGAUACUACAAAUAUUAAUGAUGACCUGACUAGUGACACAGUUUGCCUGCUAAGUAGCUUUUAGUUGUGAUAUCUUUACCAAUACUUUGACCCAACUUGUUUCAUGUAAAUCAAAUCACCUCUGUUAUGUGUAGACAUGUUUGAAUAUAAUUGUUAAUUUAUUUUUUUUUUAUUUGUAGGUUAAUAUUAGUGAGCUGAUUUUUAUGGUUUUCAAAGAUAACAUUUUUUUGAACAAAUUGUGAUGUGCUAAGAUCAUCUUUCUUUUAUUUUUUUUUUUAAAUAAAUUUUUAAUUCACUGUAUUUCUUUACCAUUAUUAAUAAAGAUUCAUUGAUUUUGUCAUAGCUAUAAAAAAAAAUUUUUUUAGAUAUGUUUUAUUUAUUACCCCAGAUUCAAGCAACUUCUAUUUAUUUUUUUAGUGCACAUCUAUAUGUUAGUAUAUUGUCAUCAAUGAUAUAGCUGUUAAAAGUGAAUGAAUUAUCAGGUCACCUAUGAGCUUGUUUGAUUACAAUGUUUGGCAUAUUAAUUUGCACAAAUUAUAAUGAAUUUCACAAGCAUAUCCACAAUUUUAAGCAUGUAAUUUGUAUAUAUAUAUAUAUAUCCAAAGGGUUGAUUACUUAACAUCAUCCAUGUUUACAUUACAUUAGUGUCAUCUGAGCAAAUCUCACAUACACAAUUUUUUACUCUCUAUCAAUCCCCUACUAUUCUGAUAGCGGUAGGAGCUUAGAUAUAUUACAUUUUUUAGUCAGAAACUUUCAAAGUACUAAACCUAUAAUAAAAGACUAAACAAACUAUAAAUUAAAAAAAAUAUAUAUCUUUUUAAUACUACAAAUUUCUUCAGGUUAAACACCUGAUAGAAACUCAGGUAAUUUAGUCCAUUAUUGUCCUUUAAAGGAUUUCUUAUUUGUUAAAUGGUAAAUCGAAAGGUAAUCACUGAAUUCAAACAUAGGAAAAAAAAGAAUAGCAACCACAAAUAUUUAUACUUAAAAUACCUAUUCAUACAUAUAAUAGAGUUUCAACUCCCAACGCAAGUGCUUUCAUAAGAUUUUACUUUGUUAUGCCUCAAGCUUUAAGUAUUUGUUAUAAAUUUUUUAUAAAAAUUGUGUUUAAUUACUUUACAAUUUGUUUAAUCUGAGACACACUUUUUGUGGAGAUUAUAAGGGGAAUUUUUUUAUUAUUUUUUUUUUACAAUGGCCAAACAGUUUUUGGGGAAGUUUUAUCAUCAUCGCCAUAUUGCUUUUUAGUUUGAUUAUAUUAAGAACAUUUUUUUAAACUUAAUAAUGAUAUAGAAUAAGUUGACAUCUUCCUUCAUAUUGCUUUGACUGCCUCUUAUAACAAGCUUUAUUCAAUGCAUGCAUAAUUAUUUGAAUAACUUCAUAGGUAUAACUUUUAUUUGUUAUGCUUAAAAUUAUAAUUUAUUUUUUAGAUUUCUUCAAAGUGACACAUUUUAUCUUGCUUUCUUGUUGGUUUCAAUGUAAUACUACCUAGUAGUUUGUCCUUUUGGUGGCUUCUUAUGUUUUUAUUUAUUUCGUUCACUAAACAAUUUAAAAGAGGCUUUUUGCCUAUAUUAUGAUGAAGCUUUAAAGUUUGUGUUUCUUGUAUAGUUCCCUUUAAAAGUGUAAAGAUUGAACUUGUUGCUAAGCUGCACUAUCACUUUGUCUUGCUUGCAAAGUGAAGUUUUAAUUUAAGAUAUUAAUACUUAAGAUCUUGUUCAGAAACAUUCAUGUUUUGUGGUGCAGCACCCAACAGUCUAAAUUUCUCUUAUGGAUGUAUAGGAUCCAUUAUAGUUGGGUCGACUCAGAAAUCCUAUUUAAAAAAAAAAGUUAAAACUACCAGUCCUAAAUCAGAUUUGAGCCAGAGCCAGCUUUCUUAGUUUAGCAGACCAUAGCUCUGUUCUAAGAAUCUCAAAGUUCUUACUAGAUACAUUUCAUAAGAGCUGGUUAAAACCAAAUAAAGGGCUAGCAACUUUACCAAUUACCUAAAUGAUCUGUAAUAUAAUGUUGCACUUGGUCAAACAUGUUUUUAUUGGUCAUGUCAAAAUGCUUAAAAAAAAAUGAAUUCUCUUUUAAUGUUAUGUUUAAGUUAAUACAAUUCCUUACUGUGAAUUCUACUUAUCUUUAGCAUUUCUGAUUUGAAUUAUUGACUAAUUUAAUGCUUUUUGUUUUUCUAUUUCUACUAGUUAAAAAUAUUUUUUCAAAACAAAUGCUAAUAUACUUGGUCUAAUUUUACAUUGUAAUUAACCCAUUUUUUUUGCUUUUCUUCUUUGAAGAUAACUUGUUUCUAAAUGUUCAUUCAAAAAACUAACUGUACUUAUAUUUCUUUAUGUGAUUUGUUCAAUGAAUUACAUAUACAUCUUGCAGUGUCUUCACCUAGAAGACUUAUUGGUCUUUGAAUAUUAAACAGAAAUGGUAGGAAGUGUUUUGAAUUAAAGGUUCACACCACAAGAUUUGUUUAUUUUUAUUGUUUGUUUUGAAGUUAACCAUCAAAUGUUUCCAAUGAAAUAGAAAUAAUGAAUAGAUUGCAUUUUAAAUUUAUUCACAACUUAUCAUAUAACUUAUAAAUAAUAAUUAAACCGGGUAGUAACCUUUAUUAAGCUUGAAUAAACUUGUCUUGCAAUUGUGCAUUACCCAUAACAAAACAUAACUAUACUGUAGGAAAUAUACAUUCAUACUGCAAAUCAAUCUACACAUUGUUUUUAUUCCAUCAGCAAAGACAAACUCUUGACUUCAAAUUAUUUAUUUCAAUAGGCUAACUUUGUAAGGAAUGGUUAAGUUAAACUAUAGAAAGGAAAAUCUAUUUCUUAAAUCCAUUUAUAUCCUAAACACUGGAAAAUAAACGCUUGUUUGAAUGUAAUAUUUUGGGUAUGAAUAUCAAUGUUUCAAACUCUGACAAUAUGUUUAUGUUAACCUUUGAUGUCUAGGAUUAUUUAAUAAGAAGGAACAUCACAUUGUUGUAAUUUGUUUUAUAUACAUAAUCAUAGGAUCCAACUUAUGAUUUGAAAACUUCAUGUUGUUGUUUAUUUUACCUAAAGGCUGUGCUUCAAUGUUUAAGAAAUUGUUUUGUAUCUGUAAGAGCUGCCCUUUGAAAGUUCACAUGUUUUAUUGUGACAUUGGCAGAACUUUUCAUUCAUUUAAAUGUAACAUGUCUUACAGCAUUUUUGUCAAACAGGAUUUUCAUAAUACAUAAUCUACAAUGUUAUGCUAUUCUAUAACAUUAUAACAUAAGACUGAUGACUUGAACCUCUUUUAUUGUUAAUGGACCUUACUACACUUACAAUGUGACUGGCUUCUUGAGCUUUAUGACACUAAAGAAUUGGUGGACAUCAUUGUUAUUUAGAGUACUUGGUAUUUCUCUUAAACUUUGGAAACAGAUCAUCAUAACAGAGAGAAGUUUUUGUUUUUUUGCCUGUUGAAAGGAAUUAUAACUUGCUUUGUUGUGUAAAGAUUGAAGGAAAUAAAAUGUAUUUUGAGCA